CCCCGUGCCCCGUCUUUCCCGUCCGUCCAGCUGGCAAUUUCAGAGUUAUUACUGCUCUUAGGUGUCUUUCUUAGCUUCGGAGAAGUACUUUGUCCUGCAGCAGGUACCCCAAAAUUUGUGGAUAAUCUCAGUUCUGGGUAUACCGAAAACAAACGGCAUUAAAUAGAGUAUAGAGACUAUCAGUGGGGGAAUCGACUAACGUAAAAAAAGAACCACAAAUGGAGCUGUCUCAUUGGUUGCAACACAUUGUAGUCCUCUUACUUAAUGUUUGGAUUCCAUCAUGCUUUGCCCAAACCACACCCCCAGUGCGUUCAAGCCCCACAACGACAUCUCAGACACCAGAGAGUCUGAAGUUCCGUCUGUCUGGUUUCCCCAGGAAACACAAUGAGGGUCGAAUUGAGGUGUUCUUUGAAGGCGAGUGGGGAACCAUCUGUGAUGAUGACUUCUCACUGGCCAAUGCCCACAUCCUCUGUCACCACCUUGGCUUUGUAUCCGCAACAGGCUGGACACACAGCGCCAAGUAUGGGAAGGGCACAGGUAAGAUUUGGCUUGACAAUGUGCAGUGCAGUGGCAGUGAAAGAAGUAUUUCAAUGUGUAAAUCUCGUGGCUGGGGCAACAGUGACUGCACUCAUGAUGAGGAUGCUGGAGUGAUCUGUAAAGAUGAGAGACUGCCUGGAUAUAUGGACUCCAAUGUUAUAGAGGUGCAAGUGGAUGAGAAUAAAGUGGAGGAGGUCCGUUUGCAUCCUGUUGUCACCAUGGCAACUAAACGGAUGCCAAUCACAGAGGGGGUGGUGGAAGUCAAGUAUAAGGACGGGUGGGCUCAGAUCUGCGAUAAUGAAUGGACACCCAAAAACUCACAUGUUGUUUGUGGCAUGAUGGGAUUCCCCCACGAAAGGAAGGUCAAUAAGAACUUCUACAAGCAUCUCAGAAAGAGAUCUGCUGAGUCUAAAGUUAAAGUAACAGCGGCCAGGCAGGAGCCCAAAGCUAAGGUUAACCCUAAAACUAGCUCUAAGCCUAAACCAGGCAAAUCAGCUGCAGCUAAAAGGUUAUACGCUGAACGGCAGAAGAAUCAUUUCCUGGUACAUUCAGUGGCAUGUUUAGGUACAGAGGUGCACUUGGGUGCAUGUCCACUAGAGUUUAACUUUGGCAAUGCCACUAAAUCCUGCCCUGGAGGCAUGCCUGCUGUGGUCAGCUGCAUACCUGGGCCCCUGUAUGCACAGAACUCUGCCAUGAGGAGGAAACUCAAAAUUGCGCCCUCUAUGCGUCUGAAGGGUGGAGCGAAGCAUGGUGAGGGCCGUGUCGAGGUGUUGAAGGGUAGUGAAUGGGGAACAGUUUGUGAUGACCGCUGGAACCUGCUGUCUGCCAGUGUCGUAUGCAGAGAGUUGGGUUUUGGCUCUGCCAAAGAAGCCCUGACUGGUGCCCGCAUGGGACAAGGUUUGGGGUCUAUCCAUAUGAAUGAGGUAAAGUGCACUGGCCAUGAGCGUUCUCUGUGGAACUGUCACUAUAAAAACAUCUCUGCUGAGGACUGCAAGCACACAGAGGAUGCAUCGGUCCGCUGUAAUGUCCCAUAUAUGGGCUACGAGAAGACGGUGCGCAUCUUAGGGGGGCGUUCGCGCUAUGAGGGCCGUGUGGAGGUGUUACAUGUUGAGACUAACGGAACCCUGCACUGGGGCCUGAUCUGUGGAGAAGGCUGGGGCACUGAGGAGGCCAUGGUUGUGUGCAGGCAGCUGGGCCUCGGGUACGCCAACCAUGGCCUACAAAUGCGUCUGUCAGGUGGGCGCUCGCUAUAUGAAGGACGAGUGGAGGUGCGGGUGGGACAGCGGUGGGGCAGUGUAUGCAGUGAGGGCUGGACCACCAAAGAGGCCAUGGUGGCAUGCAGGCAGCUAGGGCUGGGUUUCAGCAUGCAUGCUAUUACAGAAACAUGGUAUUGGGAUAGCAGUAACGUGACCGCGAUGGUCAUGAGUGGAGUGAAAUGUACUGGAGAGGAGUUGUCUCUCAGUCAGUGCCAACAUCACAAAACAGUCAACUGCCAGAAAGCAACCGCACGAUUCUCAGCAGGAGUUAUCUGCUCAGAAACUGCAUCUGAUCUUGUGUUGAAUGCGCCACUAGUGCAGCAGACGGCAUAUAUAGAGGACCGACCGUUACACAUGCUGUAUUGUGCAGCAGAGGAAGACUGUCUGUCCAAGAGUGCUGCUAAAGCUAACUGGCCUUAUGGUCAUCGUCGCCUGCUCCGCUUCUCCUCACAGAUACAUAACAUCGGCCGGGCUGACUUCAGGCCCAAAGCUGGCCGUCACUCUUGGGUCUGGCACGCAUGUCACGGGCAUUAUCACAGUAUGGAUAUUUUUACACACUAUGACCUGCUGUCUGCCAACGGCACUAAGGUGGCAGAAGGACACAAAGCCAGUUUCUGUCUGGAAGACACAGAGUGUGAAGAGGGUGUUUCCAAGAGAUAUGAGUGUGCUAAUUUUGGUGAGCAGGGCAUCACUGUGGGGUGCUGGGAUUUGUAUCGCCAUGACAUUGAUUGCCAGUGGAUCGACAUCACUGAUGUCAAACCAGGAAAUUAUAUCCUACAGGUUGUAAUAAAUCCCAACUAUGAGGUUUCUGAGAGUGACUUCACAAACAAUGCUAUGAAAUGUAACCUCAAAUACGAUGGCCACCGGAUCUGGGUUCAUAACUGCCAUACUGGUGAUGCUUUCAGUGAGGAGGCUGAGAGAAGGUUUGAGAAAUACCCUGGACAACUGAACAACCAGAUCUCGUAAUCAGCUCACCAGAUUCAUCUAAUUAGCAUACUAAGACAAUCUAAUAUGUAGGCCAAGUGAUUUUUAUUCAUUUAAACUAGUUAUCCUCUCACACUGCCAAAUACAGAAAACACAAAAUGUAUUGAAUUCUUGAAAUCAUCUCAGAUCCAGACAUGAAAUGUUGUCGUAUAGCAUAUAUGUUCUAUUUCAGCCCAAACUGAAUUUCAUAAAAAUAACUUAACAUUUUCCAUUAGACCAAAGGGGUAAAACUCAGAAGAGAAACAUUGUGAAGCCCCCAAUAUCAACUCUACACUAACUUGGAUAACACUAAUUGUACUUUUUUUUUUUGAAAACUCCAUUUGAACUCCAAAUGAGGAUGGCUUAAGUAGUUUGAAGGUUUGAUGUAAAACGAACAUUCCUGAAGGCCGUGCAUGGGCAUAGCCUGCUGGAAUUGUUUACAGUGCAAUCAGGUGCUUAUUUAGGAUUUAAAAGCCUUGUUGAUGCAUCACAGCCAAUAUGCUGUUGUCUCUGUGAGUUAAAAAUACUUGAAUGUUUUGUACUCCAGAUGAUCAUUUAUGUUUUAAAGCUGUUGCAAGAUAUGAAUGUAUGUUAUGCUUCAAAGCUCUGAUUCAACAUUCAAUUUACAUUACUCUCAAAUGAAAUGAUCUUUCACGGAUGACUUGUUAAAGCUUUGACUUUUUUUUACACUGUAUCCUAGAUUUCUUUUUUCUACUAAACAGUUUAUGCCUUCAUGUGAUCAGAUACAGCAACAAGUCACGCUCUCCUCUUUUAGAGAUGGAUGGAAAAUAAAGUGUUAUAGUUAAUACAGAUAAUAGUAUUUCAGCUUUCAUGAGCCACAAAUUAAAAGUCAAUAAUCAGAUUAUUUGAAA